UAAAAAAUGUUAGCUGACCUGCAAAAAAUCGUAGUGUCACACAUUGAACUAUCUAAAUACUUUUGUAAAUUUCGGUAAAAUUGAUGAAAUUUGCAACAACAUAAGCUCAACACACCGGUUACUGCGAUCCGUUGAUGCCGUUGCACUAUUUGACAACUGCUUAACUCAUCAUCACCACAUCAACAUCGUAGUAGUGUUUCCCCCGCGGGAAUGGCCCAAGAUGAUCGUACAACAAUCGUUUCGGGUUUUCCCCAAAUCACUGAGGUGAUCAAAAAAAGAUCCGAAAUACAGCUGGCUUCCAACAUUUCCAAUCCAAUCCACGUCACACAGAAAUUUUCGAGUUCUGAUUGUUCACUGACAUCAGUUCAGCCUAAGAACCCGAUCGAAAUUCUUUCUGCCAUCAUGACUAAAUCUUGCCUUUGGCUUUCUUUAACGGUGCUUUUGACGAUCGCGAUUUGCAGUUCGGAUCUAGCCGAGGGACAACAGUGCUGCCUAGGCAUAGAGCUGAUUCUUGCCAAAUUAGAACAGCUGGAGCUGAAGAUGGUGUUAUUGGAAGAGCAAAAUCGAAAUCUAACCGAGUUGUUGACUACAAAAUCAACAAAAGUGGAGUUGGAUGUUGCACAAGUGGAAACCUCCACAAUUAGCAUAUCGAGUGAAACCUUUGAGUCGUGUUCGAAGGUUUCUUCAGGAGCGUUGAAACAAUGGUUGCUAAAACCAACAGAAGCAUCCCAGCCAUUCAAUGCCCUUUGUGAAACAAAUCCACACGGCAAAGGCUGGAUGAUAAUACAGAAUCGUUUCAAUGGUUCAGAAAAUUUCUAUCGCAACUGGACGGAGUACAAGAAUGGGUUUGGCAGUUUGAACGGAGAGUUUUGGUUCGGUCUAGAUCGAAUUCAUAAGUUUACAACUAACAAACGACAUGAGAUAUUGUUUGAGUUUGCAGAUUUUAGUCAAGAGAAGAGAAAUGCAAAGUACAACGUAUUUCGCAUAGGUAGUGAAGCAGAAGAGUACGUUUUAAAAGAGGUGGGCGCUUACACCGGAACUGCCGGCGAUUCGCUAGAUCACCAUAGAGGAAUGAAAUUUUCGACGUUAGAUCGAGACAAUGAUAACUAUCCUGGGAGCUGUGCGCAGUUGGCACACGGAGCCUGGUGGUAUAACAGGUGUUUACAGAGCAAUCUGAAUGGGAAAUAUACUCGCGAUAAGGGAUAUAACGCGAUGAGUUGGAACACCUUUCACGUCAGUGAAAGCUUACAAUGGUGUAAAAUUAUGAUACGAGAAACUUAAGGUGAAACGGGAUUGUGGCCUUUUCCUAUACAAUUUUUGAGGUUAGAGUUCUUUUUACUUCUAUAUUUUGAUCGUAAAAAAUUCGGCUUCCACUAAAUAAACUUUAGUGCUGUUGCUACUUCAGGCAUGCAACAGUUGUGAAAACAAUUGAUCAAAGUUUCAUGUACGUAGUCUUUAUAAAUCAAGAAAAAAUUAAAUUGCAAAAUUCGAGUUGAUCGCGACCACGUCCCGUUUCACCUUAAAGCAAGUUUUGCAAUACAAAUCUGCGUUUGUCAUUCUCAUACAUUCCUGCAAGUCUAAUUUGUUUAACGUCUUGGCCCUAAUACGCAGAUGAAUUGAAAUCCGCUUUCACAGAGGUAUCUAGUAAGAAAUCUUAACUACUCGUCAAUUUUCCCAAAAGCUUCGCAGCCCCCUUGCCGGCCGCUGACCUCCGGUAGGAAACCACUGAACUAGACUAUUCAGGUGCACCAACGUCACUUUUCGUGCAAAACGUUGAAAUGGUUUUGCUAUUAUGCAAGAAGAGUGACGUUGACAUGAGAACUCAAUUUAUUUAUGAAAAUUAACGUGCUAAUGCAAUGAGAUAUAUUCUUUAACACACUUACUUAGAUUCUAUCAGAUUAGAAUGUGAAAUAAAGCGCUUCUGUGUCUUCUGUGAAUAAAUCCCUUCUGAAGCGAUUUUGUACUUCUGGCACUUACGUCAAAAUUCUAGCCCACGGCAGCCCUAUUCCGCUAUUUGGCCUUAGCCGAAGGGGCAUGGCUUAUUAAUACAUAAAUCAUUAUCAAUUUUAUGUUUUCAAGCAUUUUUUGCAGGUUUUUUUUCGUUCUUUCAAAAUAUUUUAUGUUUUAGUAAAGAAGGCAAUAUAUUUAAUUUUCGUCUGGAUGAGGAUGUUCAUUUUUCGCAUCCUCGAAAAAUUACAUAGAUUACCUACUUCACUUGAACUUAAAAUGUAAGUCAUAAGACAAAAAAUGUAAUUAAUUCAUGAAGAAAGUUUGUUGUUAAAUUUAAAAUCGGAUAUGAUGCUGGUUGCACCCCGACAGCGUGAGUUAUGGUGAAUUCGCGUAUGACGAAGUCAUUGAAUCAUCUAUUUGAAGGGUGGGAAGAAGCAAAAUAUUUGAAGGAAUCUUGUAAACAUUUUAUUCAAAUAAUAUUACCAAAUCUCAGUGUGAAUUUGUGAUAACAAAGUGGAAGGCUGUUUACAUAGCUCAUUGCACGAUGACGUCACAAAACAAGAAGAAGAUUUGAAGAGAUUUGACAGUUGUCGCGGGUUUGUUUACAUAGUAAAACUUGCGUUUUCAAGAAUAAACCAAAAGAUCACAGUAACGAAUUCGCAAAGGCGGAGAGUUUUCGCACCUCUUUCGUACUCGUAUCAUUUAUGUUCAUUCCUAUCACAUAAAAAGAGAAUGGAACACCUUGUAAACGAGCCCGUGGGAAGUGUCAGAAAAGUGAGGUUAUUUUUCGUGUGCAAUGAUCUAUAGAGCUUCAUCGGACGAAGGCCGAAACUCUCAACUGACAAAGGAAAUUAUGGUAUGACGAAGGCAUAGAAUCAUCUGUUCAAUUUUCACAAUGAAAAAUAGACACGGCCAGCACAUCAAGAUUAUUAGCAUCCCAAAACCGUCCGUGUGUCUACAACAUACGGCGGAGCUUUGCACUGGAGGAAGUAUCGGCCCAUGCACCUACCACCAAUGUUAUUAAACUCGCCCACAAAAAGUAUACGAUACUGCAAGUGGCGUUCUCAUUGCUACCGAAAUCACACACUGGAGAUACUCCAUUCAAACUGUUUCGCGUUCUUUUUCACUUCUUUCCUUGCGCACCACUGAAUGUUGAUGCUUGCGAGUUUUCUCGUACGAACGUAAGCCGCCGUUUGCUCCUGAAAUCAUGGACACACACUCUCGUAUACUCUCCUACUCGCGUGCACUCCCCUACUCGCGAGUGCGACCAGCCGAAAAUGUUUGAUUCAAGAUGCAUUAUCAUGAUGCGGAGUGACGCGAUGAAGCGGAGUGGUGAAAAAUAUUUGGACGAGUUGGUAGUCACUAGAGUGGGGCAAAGUGAUCGAUUUUCCAGAACCAAGUUUUUUUGGUUCCUUUCGGGGCCCCGAACAACCCUAAA